CGUGGCGGCGUGAAGCGCAUCUCCGGCAUCAUCUACGACGAGGUGCGUGGCGUGAUCAAGUCGUUCGUGGAGGGCGUCGUGCGCGACGCCACGGCGUACACGGAGUACUCCCGCAAGAAGACCGUCACGGCCGUGGACGUCGUGAACGCGCUGCGCAAGCGCGGCAAGAUCCUGUACGGCUACGCGUGA